AUGGGGCGGCAUAUGAAACUUAGUGCCUUCCACAUAAUCACUUUGGCUGAUAAAGACAACAUCCAUCCACUGCUCAAUCAACUAAUCCCCGCUGGCCACUGUGCUUGCCACACUGCUGCUAUCUUUGAGUAUAACAGCUGUCUUCAAUACCCCGCCCAGUUGCCCUUUCAUGACAUUGCUUCCUCAUCCUCUGCACCUCCCACGCAAACUUUCUUUGAUCCGCUUGAGUAUUCCUACAAUAAGACUCAGUGCACCACUCUCUUCCCGGGCCUUUUUGAGGAUUCUAUCCGCGCCCAAUCAUUCUGGACAGCCAGGCAUGGAAUCAAGAGGGCUGAUAUUAACAAUAUCAAAAUGGUAGACGGCAUGGCUAGAGUGGCCAUCUACCAAGGACGGCUUUAUAUCCUUAGAUCUCUGGCAAAGGGGGAGGACCACCACCGUAAGAUUUUAGGGAUUUUGGCUUCACUUCAUCACGCCCUCGUCUCAGCUCCACAGCUCGCUGUCAUCCUAAACACAGAAAUUAUCUUUUCUAUUGAGAACAAAUUAAAGGACGUUGCUGGACCAGAUCACCCGCUUUGGAUAUUAGCACGGAAGGCUACUGAAGAAUCUGUUUGGCUUAUGCCAGACUUUGGCUUCUGGUCUUGGGGCCACAUUGAUACUCAGAUUGGGCCAUAUGACGAGGUAGUCAAACACAUGGAAGAGCAUGAGCUCCCGUGGGACGAGAAAGAGAACAAACUAGUCUGGCGUGGAAAGCUCAGUUUCGCCCCAAAGCUACAACACGCCCUACUCGAGAUUGCGCGGAAUUACACCUGGGAAAAUAUGAAAGAGAUCAAGUGGAAGAACAAGGCCAACUACCUUAGCAUAGACAAUCAUUGUCAGUCCUACUCAGCGUCUCUCAAAUAUCGCCAAGCCUGUCGAUCGGUAGUAGUGAUUCAUAAAUUACAAUAUAUCCAACAUCACCACUAUCUUCUCGUCUCAUCAGGUCCGCAGCAGAACUUUAUUCAGAUAGAGAGGGACUGGACCAAUUUACCGCACAAGAUCCAAGAGCUUCUCGAUAACCCUAUCAAGGCGCGCAUGAUUGCAGACAACAAUAUAGAGACCACUGCAUCACCUCAAGUCACCGAAACUAUGAGUGACCCAACCAAUGUCUCUAACAAAGGCAUUCAGUACGAAUCUUUUUUACUGCUAGAUCCUAGCAACGUGAUACGCUUUAGGCCUUGGGAUUAG